UGGGAAAAUAUUUAGUUUGCCGCAGAAUCUUCGCUACACAGCCAGCUUUACAAGGUGACACCUAAAAAAGUUCGCUCUAUUGAUUGUUUUCAUAUCAAAUCGCAACCCAUCUGAAUUCAUAUAAGUGUUGUAAUUUAAUCGAGGAAUUUCAGAAAAUUGGCUUUUGUGCGAAAGUGUGCCUAAAAAACAAGAAAUCGGCUGUUUAAGUGUUCUGUCGCGAAAUAGAGCGUAUUUCCCCAUAGUAAGUGUUUGCCUGAAAAGUGUAGCUUUGCCCUCAAAACUCAAAAUUGCGAUAUAAUCACAACUGCUUCUCCCCUAAUUGGACGCGAAUGAAACGAUCAAGUUCAACCUGCUAAGUGAAUUUGCUAACAUAGAACUCUGGAAACUUAAAAAAAUGCACAUAGACUUUUACCAGACACUAAUUGUUCUGAUAUUCUAUAUUGGGCGAGUUGUUCCGAUUCCUAUCACAGAUAUCGACAGUAAAGAAGAGAUUUUAGUGCGAAUAGCUGCUAGUGGCAGUACAGUAAUUCUGAAAUGUAUGAGCAAUGAUAAUGCACACAAUUUCCAAUACUGGCAUCUUGUUAAUAAGGGACUUAUCAUAGGACCAGCAAAUAAUUAUGAUAGUGCCAAAUUUAGGUACGGAAUUUUGUCCGGCAAUUUAACAAUAAUGGCUGUUUCGAAACAAGAAGAAGGUCUGUAUGAAUGUGUUUCCCGAGCCGUUAAAGGAGAAGACAUGAAUAUCCGGGUUGUUAAGAUGCUGGUGCAGGAUAAUUGGGAUGAUCUUUAUCAACACGACUAUAAUAUUAACUUAAUAAGGAUUCUCAUAGCCUUAAUUACCCUAGUUUUGAUAGCCAUGGGGGCCUGGUUCGUCUAUAGAAUAUGGAAAGACCGAUAUCGGUUUCCUAGUUAUUUGCAAAAUGAGGAUGACGAUGAUGAUGACGACGAAAGUACAGAAGAACUGUUUAGUCAACCAAGUACUUCAAAAUCCUCCGUCAAGAAUAUAGUAGUUCCAAGCACAUCGACGUCAAUAGUUAAAGAACCUCAGUUUGACGAAGUCGAUAUUGAUACAGAUUUCAAAAGUAUAUUAAGCCCAUCAAGCGAAAAGUAAAAUAUAUAAACCUUUAAUAGGCGAAUUUUAUUCUUUCUAGUUUAAUGUUAAACGAAUUUAGUUUUGUGAAUAGUGAAAAUGUUUUGUACCUUUAAACUAGUGUCUAUUUAUUCAACAUGCAACACAAGCCGCUUUGAUGUUACUCUAUCGAGCAGCUGAACACAACCAAUCCAUAUCCAUCUGGAAAUAUUCAGAAUAAUUGUAAACAUCAUUAAGAAAUUAUAUUAGUGUUUUGUCUGUUAAGUAAAUCCAAAGAAUAAAUAAAAAACCUCAGGCUGCUUGAA